AUUUACUCCAGAGUCGGUCGAAGGUAGGAAAGAGUAGUGUCCCGAACCGAAGGAACGAAGCGACCGAUUACAUAGCCAAGAUUACAUUGGUGAUUCCGGUAACGUUCCGUCCCACGAGUCUCCGUCCCGCAUCGGUCGACUACCGACUCCGUUACUCCCAAUGGACGUUUCCGACGAUCGCGUGACGGCGGAAUCGUACGGGGCGUUGGAUACCACGCAGGUUACCAACGAAUGCUGGCUCAUCCGUAUUCCCCAAAAACUGGCGGAAGUUUGGAAUACUGUUCCGGAAGGAACCGCAUUGGGGGAAUUGGAAUUCACCAAAGGCGGGACCGUCACGGAAGCGGGGGGACGGACGGUAACGAUCAAACCGUCGCUCUCGGUGCACGUGGACGCCCACAGUGUGGCGCAACCACCAAUACCGUCCACCGGUACCACGGAUCCAUCGACCACAACGUCGUUGCCCACGUCUAUUCCACUCCGCUACAGUUUACAAGCCAUGACGAAAAAAAUUCCCAAUCUUCACCCCUUUACGCGCAAUCCACAGAACGGGUCCGUCGAACUGUUGGGGACCGUCAGUCGCACGGCCAACCUACAAGUCGAACAGCAAGACAAGGAUUACCGCCAGCAACUGAAAGAUCGACUGAUGGCUACCAGUAUCAACGCCAACCGCUUCGUGAAACCCGUCGAAGCCACCGAAUCGGUCAUUGCCAAGCAGCAGCGCUCCAACGUGGCCACCAACGACCAGUCGGCAACGUCCAAGAAAGGAUUCGGGAACGCCGUGUAUCAGUACGGCAAGCGCAUGCUGGAAGCAACGAGCGAGACUGCCGCCGCGACGCAAGGGGGUCCCGCCAAAAAGAUCCGACAGUUUGCCCCCGAUCAAGCCGUCCGGUCGGUGGUUUUUGAACUCUUUGGGCAACAACGGUACUGGACCGUCAAAGACCUCAAAGCCGCCGCCGUCGCGGGUGGCGCCACCGAUAUGGGCUCGCGCAAGGCGGAAACCGAUUUGCGGGAACUUCUACGGGAUAUUGGUGACUAUCACCGAUCGGGAGAUCACAAGAACAUGUGGGAGUUACGGAGCGAGUUUCAGCAACAAAAAUAAUGGGACGCCUCAUACCCUAUUCAUGUAUAUGCGAAACGUUUCGUGUCGCUUUUUGAAGUUUACGAUUGCUCUCGGUAUUCCUAUAUAUUGCGCCGUCUAUAAAAGUCUAGUAGGCCUAAGGAUCUGCUCCGGGUGGACCAUUGGCCACCUUCGUUUCCUGAGUCAUUGUUGUGUCU